AUGCUUAGCUUGUUAUCGCUGGAAUUUCCCAACGAUGAGUGUGAAGCUGCAUCCAGCGGCGUAGCAUUGGGAAGUGCCACCAAUCAGCGAACACCAUUAAGAGUCGGUUGUGCUGGCGAGGACACGAAGGACCCACGUUCGAUUCCCGGGCCGGGACAGAUAUUUGUAUGUCCUACACUUAUUUCUCUCGUCCUGUGCCUAGCCGCCUUGGUUGCAGCUGUGGCCGCCUACCCUCACGGCCAUGCUUACUCCUCUCAACAUAUCAACCGCCAUGAUGGACCUUCACAUGUCAUUCAUGGCCAUGACGGACACGGACAUGAUUAUUACGCUUACCCCAAAUACGACUUCGCGUAUGAGGUACAUGAUCCCCAUACCCACGACAUUAAGUCACAAGCUGAGCACCGCGACGGUGACCACGUCAAGGGAUACUACGCCCUCCACCAGCCUGAUGGUUCCGUCAGACACGUCGAUUACUAUGGCGACAAGCAUAGCGGUUUCCACGCGAAUGUCAAGCACGGCACCCACCACAUCGUUCCUGUUGACUGGUACAGUGGGAACAGGUAUCCCUUAGAUCUUUGCGAUUUAAAGAUUGAUAUCAGUAAUCUUACCUUCAAUUACUAUGUUAUUUUUAUUAAUCCAUUCCAGGUUCUGUGCCUCGCUGCCUUGGUUGCCACCGCCGUAGCUCAAUAUGGGCAUGGCCAUGGUUACUCCUCACAGCACAUCCACCGUCAUGACGGACCUGCUCAUCUUGUGCCCGUCCACGGACACCAUGGACAUCACGACCAUGACUAUUAUGCGUAUCCCAAAUACGAUUUCGCGUAUGAGGUGAAAGACCCCCAUACCCACGACAUUAAGUCGCAGGCUGAGCAUCGCGAUGGGGACCACGUCAAGGGAUACUACGCCCUCCACCAACCCGAUGGCUCCAUCAGACACGUUGACUAUCAUGGUGACAAGCACAGCGGUUUCCACGCUGACGUGAAACACAGCGUCCACCACAUUGUGCCCCAUCACCAUCAUCAUUACUAAACAUCUAGAGAAAUUGACUAUAUAUUGUUAUCUACUUGAACCUUUCUGUGAUCUUGUCUGUUUUAUUUCUGUGAUGCUAUUUGAUACUUUUGUACUUACGCCAAAUAUAUAUU